UGUGAACAAUAACCAAGAAAAUCAGUUUUCCACGAAAAAAAACUCCCUCGAUUGUGGCCAAGCCAUAUUUCUCCGGCAGAGCAUACUGUAAAUUAAAAACAUCGGGCGCAGCGUCACGCAACAUUGCGUGAUUUUCCAAACGUGAGAUGCAGUUGCUGCAUUAUUUUAAGACUUAGGAACUACAUGGCCCUGUAGUAAUAAAAGAGGACUUCAUUUGCAAGCACUGUAGACUUCAACAUAAGAAGAAUCUAAUAAAUCGCUCUUUCAGUUUUUAUCUCAGUGUAUGAAUUAUUUAGCCAGAACGAAAAAAAAAUUAAUAUACGCAUGAGUUGGAGCCAUUCCUGUCUGCGGUGAAAUACGCGAAUGGCUCCAGUCUCUGGUCGUCCGCCUAAACUGACUAAAUAAGUUUUGUCAGCGGAGCUUGUCAGCGGAUGACUUUUUCAUCGCCGGAAUAUCGCUGAACGACCUCGCUGAUCAAGAUAGACUCUGCCUUCUCUUGAUUAUGUAAGUAGCCAUUUCUUGAUUGACUCAUCGGUGUUUUCACAUUGAUAUUUCAUUGUUCCGCUUCGAGACACGCGGUUAACCAUACUCACGAGCAAGGAGUUAAGAUAUAAGUAUUAACUUUUAUUAUUUUUAUCAUCCAAUCACGGGUCGGAGCCAUUCCUGUAUUUAGUCGCUAGUACUGUAAAAAAGGUCUCUUCGAAACACAUAAUGGUUUACAACGUGUAAGUGACAACGUGAAAGGCGACGUGUUAGAGGCGGAGAUGUGUAAACCUUUUCGUUUUCUUUAGAAACCGAAGCAUUUUAUCGUCUUAAAUAAUGUAUGAUAUUUUCUGACUUGCAGCCAAUGAUGAAACGCCUGACGAAAACAAAAAUGACGUAAUUCUACUUUUUUUAUAUAAGCAACUGAAUUUAAAAUUUUUGCCCAACACGGAUAAACUAUUUCGAUACAAAACUUGCAAAAUGGCCGAAGACCAAAGCAAUCCUUUUCUGACUGCUACUAUCAUUGGCGAUUGUGGAAAUUCUACCAGUGGUGGAUCAGAACCAAAAUAUGUUCCACUAGCCGCUGAUCUUGUUCCCGUUGAAGUAAAAAGCUGGUUCGUGGCAAUGGAAGCGAAAGAGUUAUUGAAGAAGUAUUCCCCAAAAACUGAAGCGAGAGAGUUUCUACCGAAAACUUCCAAGUAUGGUAGUAAAGAGAAAAUGAUAGCCGCUAUAGGCUCAGAAGAGAUGGUUUACCCCGGAGAUUGCGGACUGUUUUCAACCAUUCUAACAGCCUACAACAACCACUGGACACUUCGAACGUCUCCCGAUGACUGGUGGUUCUGCGUGAUCAGGCGAGUGGCAGGUGCUAUCGAAAAAAACGCCAAGAAAGAUUCCGUACUUAAGAUGUUUGUUGAUCACGAAGGAAAAAAAGAAAUUGAAGUGGAAGUACCUGACACCACCAUCUACACUGUUGACUACAGCUGGUUCUUUGAUCAAAUGGCAAAGGGAAUACGAAAGAACGUCAAAGUACCUGAGUUCGUUGAUGGAGUAACGGCGGAUUUUAGCACCACAACACCAGUGCAGAAGGUCGUCUCGCAGAUUGUGUUGAUGCACUCGGUUCAGGAGUAUUUUAAGUACAGCAUGAUGCUUAUGUGUGGCAUUCCUGCUGUGGAAAUGCUGGGCACUGAGGACGAUUGGAAGAAACUUAAGUCCAAACUUAAGGUGCUGCGAGCACUGCUUGAACCUAUCGAGAAUGACCUUGAUUUACAGACAGAAUGGUGGAAUGCUGUGGAAAAUGUGUUUAACAACUUGGUGGCUACCUAUUGUGGGAACCCAGACAAGAAAUGGUGGAGUCAUAUCAUUUCUUACAAGAAAGAGUUCGGAUCUGGAAGCCCUGAAUACCAAGGGUGGAUAACAGAGUUUUUGGAAGGCACAAACAGGGUCCUGACCAUGAGCCAGUUGUCAAGUGGUAUCAUUAGUGUGCCCCUUGAACUUAAAAACCCAGGUGGCUUACAAGACACUGCUACACUUGUGGCAGGAAUGGCAGGUUUCACCAUGCAUAACAAGGACACUACAAGUGUGUCUGUGCAGCCAUACCAAGGCUGGUGUCUUUUUUUAAAAGAAGACUCUCCAUUUUGCCAAAAUUCUCUGAGUGGUGGAAAAUAGAGGACCUGUAUCUUGGGUAACAAAGCAAUUCUUUAACUUGUUUUGAUUCAUUUUCAGUUCGUAUGUGGGAUGUUUUUACCCAGUAUGUAAACAAAAAUCUGCAUCCUAGCAGUUAAUUUACAUCCAGAAAUAUUAUAGCCCUCAGAUAGUGUAAGAAGUACUGACAAAAAUAAAUAUAUAGCAUUCAUGUUGAAAUUGAUAUGACAAAAAAGUGGAAAUGUUGCUUUAGAGGUGAACCAAUAAAGACAAGUAAAACUUUUGUUACUGACUUUCACAGUUAGACCACAGGUUUGUUAGGGAAUGGGUAGAAGUGACAAAAAUGUCUUACCCAAAAAUCCCAGCUCUGCUCAAAAUACAAAAGAUGACUCCAUAGAUUGGAAUGUCCCUUUAUUAGUAAAUUCAACACUAAAGGAACCCCUAGAGGUAUGUACGGCUCUCAGUUGAACUGAAAAGUGUUCCAAAAAGAUUUGUGAGGUUUCCAGGGCUACAGUCUCAACUAUUUUCAAAGUUUUCAUUCAGCUACUAAAGGUCGUAAAGAUGUCACCAAAAAUAAAAAAAAGUGGAAUAGAA